AUAUUUUCCUAAAUGUACUUUCCUCCAGGUUCUACCGAUGUAUGGAGCUCUUGCCCCAAAUCGUCAGCUGAAGGUUUUCCGGCCACCGCCAAGAGGAUUCAGGAAGGUUGUGGUAGCGACAAAUAUUGCUGAGACCUCUAUAACGAUUGAUGGAAUUAUUCACGUGAUUGAUUCAUGUUUUGUCAAGAUGGCCUGGUUCAAUUCAGAUACAUAUACAGACUCUCUUAUCAUUACAGAGGUAUCUCAGGCUAGUGCUGAACAGCGAGCUGGUCGAGCUGGAAGAACUGCACCUGGCAAGUGCUAUAGAAUGUGCAGGGAAGAGGAUUUCUUGAAACUACCUUUAAAUACACCACCGGAGCUUCAGAGAUCAGAUCUUUCCCUGUCAGUUCUUCAGUUGAAAGCUCUAGGAAUAGACAAUAUUGUAAGGUUUGAAUUCCCAAGUGCACCUCCGGCGAGAAAUCUUAUCUGUGCAAUGGAACUUCUCUUUGCUCUCGGUGGAAUAGAUGAGGAUGGUGAGUUAACUAAACCCCUGGGGGAACAGAUGGCAGAAUUACCCAUUUCACCAACAAUAUCAAAGAUGUUGUUGGUAUCUGGGGAACAGGGAUGUUCCAAGGAAAUUGCAACAAUUGUGGCAAUGCUGCAGGUAGAGAAUGUAUUUGUAUCUGGUCGAAGUGACAAGGUGAAGGUAAUGAAAAGAAGGUUUGAGGUCGAGCAGGGGGACUUCCUCACCCUCCUCAAUGUGUUCUACGCCUUCGAGAAGUUUGGGAUGAAGAAGAAUUGGUGUAACAGUAACGCGCUCAGAUAUAAGGCGCUUAAGCGCGCGGCAGAUCUCAGGGAUCAGUUGUUUAAAACUUUGAGACGAUUAGAAGUACCUCUUACUUCAACCUCAGAUGAGGACUGUGUUCUGAAAUGUAUAGUGUCUGGUUUGUUUCCCAAUGCCGCGUAUCUUCACCAUUCCGGAGAAUAUAAAUCUAUCAGAGGCGACGUUCCCCUGAAGGUUCAUCCUACCAGUGUUCUAUUCACAGAAAAACAUCCUCCGUACCUGGUCUAUAACGAGAUUAAUCACACAAAGCAUGUUUAUAUGCGAGAUGUAACCGCCAUUGAUCCCUGCUGGUUAGAGGUCCUGGCCCCGCACUUCUAUGAAAACAGGAGAAGAGAGAGAGAAAUAUUCUAGUUAUGUACACGUACACGUAAUUUCAAUACAAAACGUCUCCUUAAUGGGUUAAAUAUUUUCCGGCUUAAAGGUUUCUUCAGCAUUUUGAAAAAUUUUUAUCAAAAACAUUUUGGAUACUUUUCCUUUUAUGUUUUUAUCCGGAAAUGUAU